AUGAAGCUGACUGACGAUUCCAUUGAAUCAAAACCCACCUAUACCUAUAUUACGAUUCAGAAACGUCACCUCACUCGCUUCUACCAACCAACUGAUGAAUUUCCCAUUGUUUGUAAACUACCACCUUUACUUUUUCAACCUUAUUUGGGAACUACUCGACCUUCCCACUACACUGUAGUUUUCGACGAGUGGGGUCUGAGUGCUGAUAAAAUCUAUGAGAUGUGCUAUCGCCUUUGUUUUCUCUAUGCCCGUUGUCGAAUUCCCGUCUCUCUUCCUUGUCCUGUCUACUAUGCUCACCGUGUUUGUGAAAAGGCAAAGGAGGUUUACAAGUCGUUGCUAAAGUUAGUUUUACUUUGUUAUAUGUCUUUCUCCUAA